AUGACCUCCAUCCACCCAACCCCCACAAUCCUAAUCCCACACCUUCCCCCCAAAACCUUCGUCGGCAUCGACCUCGUCACCUUCACCUCCACCGCGAACUUCCACGGCAUCCGCGACCUCCCACCGGGCUGGCAUUUCUUGUACUCGGGUACGACAGAGACACUAUCGCUGCGGAGCGGGGGGUGGUUCUACGUCCACGACGAUGAAGAUAGCGGGGCAGUUGCGACGACGGGGAGAACGCCGGAGAUAUUUAUCUGGAAAUGGGACGCGGAAACAGAGACGCUCGUUCCGCUGAAGGGGGAUAGCGAUGCGGAACGGCAAGAGGCGCUGCGGUUUAAGGCGAAUUUGGGGAUGGUCUGGCAGGCGGGGAAGCUUUUUCGGUAUCGGAGUCGGGUGACUGCGCAGGGUGUGCCGAAGAAUCAGGUGGUGGACGAGGAGGACGAGGAGAUUGAGGAGGAAGGUAGACGGGAUUGGACUGGUUUGACGGAUAGGUUGUCGGUGGAUGUUUUUUCGAGGAUUGUGGGGGAUCCGGAGGUCGAUGCUGAUGGAAGGCCGAGGUGGAUGGUUACGUCUGCGAGUACGGCGAAGAGGGAUACGGAUGAUAUCCCGGGGUUGGCAAGUGCUGAGCCGGAUGGGCUGGGUGUUGAUGGGAGGGGGAGGCAGGAGGUUGAAUUCUCAUUUCUCCCAAUUGAGCUGAGGAAGACGUGGAGAGAGGGCGCGGUUGGUCGCGAACGAACAGAAGCAGCGCAAGACAGAUCCUGGGCGCUGGGCGAUUUGAUCAAACAAUACACCCCCACCGAUUCCACAGAUGACAGCGAAGGCGAGAGCCAAAUCCUCGGCGAACUACAAUUCACCUUCCUCAUGGCCCUAACACUCCUCAACUUCUCCUGCCUGCAACAAUGGAAACGCCUCCUCGAACUAAUUCUAACCUGCCGCACCGCCAUCGCAGAACGAGAACCGUUCAUGUGCGACGUCCUCCGCCUCUUACUGCUCCAACUCCAACGCUGCGACGAUCUAGAAGGUGGGUUUUUUGCCAUCGACGCAGACGAAGGCGGCGAGUAUCUGCGUAAAUGGUUAGUGAGAUUUGUCAGGUCUUUCGAAGAAGUUACUCUCAUUGGCGCGGGUUCUAUCGUCAAGGGUGAAUUGGAUAAGUUGCAGGCUUGGGUGAGGAGUGAAUAUGAAUGGGAUUUACACCCAGAGGGCGUUCUGAGACGGGGGAUGCUGCAGCUGGAGGAUGGGGAAGAGGUGGAGAUGGAGAUGGCUGAUGAUGAGGAUGAGGAGACGGGGGAGUAUGCGCCUACAGUUGUGGAGUUGGGGGGUGGUUUCUAG